AUGGUAACAUCGUCAUUCUCUCAACCACUUUCUACUUCGUCGAUGUCAACUUCAGCAAUAUUGCCACAACAAGCUCAGCCAGUCAUUUCUUUUCGACGAUCAUUCUCUUCACUCGCUUUUCCUGUUCGUCAACCUCGUAUUGACACAUCUCAACCAUUUGAGUUUGGUAAUAUUUUAUUCUCGGGACCUUGCAAUCAAAAAUGUCCGUUUUGUAUCGGUCAUCAAUUAAUCAAAACUCCUAAUAACUUACGUAAGGAAUCUCUAGAGAAUCUCGAUGACUUCAUUGCUGUAAUGAAGGAAUCUGAAAGUUCCAAGAUUAUAUUAACAGGUACAAGAACCGAUCCACAACUUUAUAAAUACGAAGAGAAAUUAUUAAAUAGAUUACGAACUGAUCUACCGAAUGUUCACAUUUCUCUUCAUACAAAUGGUUUAUUGGCCGCCGCAAAGAUGAGAAUAUUUCGAAUGUACGAUUCUUGUACUAUCUCUGUUAAUUCAUUUCGUCCGGAGACAUACUUGAAACUUCAUGGUGUCAAACAAAUGCCAGAUCUAAGACAUAUCAUUAAUCAGGCACCAAACGUUCCGAUCAAACUUUCUUGUGUAUUAACUGAGGAUAAUAUGAAUCAGGUAGAUGAAUAUUUGGAAAAUGCUAAAGUUCUUGGAAUUAAGAGAAUCGCAUUACGACACCUUUAUGGCGAUUCCCGGCGUUUACCAAUCAAUGCUUUCCAACAUAAGAAACCGAUCAAGUUUCAUCAAAGUAAUCCAGUAUAUGAUUUUGAUGGUCUUCAAGUAACUCAUUGGAUCUUUGAUAAAACUUCGGGUCGAUCUUUAAAUCUGUUUUCGGAUGGAACUCUUAGUGCUGAGUAUCUCUUAACGAAAGCUCCUAAUCAAUUACUUGUUUAA